AUGGCAUCGUCGCUCACAAGAGAAGAGGAUCAGCACAAGGAACAGGACAAACGAACGAUGGGCAUGCGCAUGCCACAGUCACAACUGCUCACGCCGGAGGAGCCUCUCGUAUACAGCUUUUCGGUGCCUACACAGUCGACUCAGGCCUUGGCUGCAGUCCCAUCGCCACCUGCCUCGCCGGCGUUCAGAUCGUUUCCAACAGAUGCACCAUACCAGCCAAACGACGACGUACUAUUUUCGGACCAUUCCAACACUAGGGCUGGAUCGAUUGAUCGACCAUUGUUCGAAAACAACCGACUUCCAACUCCAGAGCGCCAAACCACUCCGGCACCGACGGCAUCGGAACCGGUAUCGACAUUUGCCGCAUCGCAACACGAUAGUCCACUGCAAACGGUACAGGAGCCCGCCAAGCCAGCAGCAGCAGAGGAACGUACUUCGCAGCAGCGUAGCCAGGCAACAUCGGGCGGUCAGCACCCAUCGAGCCACAGACCAGCCGUUGGUGUCGUCAACUUGUACAAGACAUACGGACUGGAGUACUACCGAUAUAUCUUGGCCCAAAACGACCGGAUGGCCGAGCAGCGAAGACAAAGCAGAGUCCUUCCUCCACUGGCAACUUCCAAUGCAGUCAAUCGAGAUCCAUACACGCAGCACAUCCUGUCGUCGCUCACGAAGUCUUCGCGCGUCGAGAAGCCGAGGGCUACACCUCAGAGCCGAAAGGUGGCAAGAACUGCCCCACCCAGGGUGGCAACGAGGAGCGAUGUGUCAUCUGCGGUGACUGCCACUCCAAAGCGUGAGUCACCAGCAAAGCGCGAGUCACCAGCAAAGCGCAAUCGACCGACGACACCGCUAGAUGCAUUCUCUGGAGCCGUCUCGCAAGGUGCGCAACCCAAGCCACGCACGCGCGCUCCCCCGACCAAGAAAGUAGAAGGCAACAACGGAGACUGGGCAAACAUUUCCGACCACUGCCCACCCGUGAGCAGCCUCGACAGCAUGAACAAGAAGUUGGCCGUCCAAUGGUCGAAUUCAAAUGCGUUGGAUCUGAGCAACGACCCCAACCGGAUGCAUCUACAUCCGCAGGAGCUCGAAGUCGCCCAAGUCUUGCGGUUAAAGUGCGAUGCAUAUCUGGCGAACAAGCGCCGCAUCUUUGCUGCCCGCCUUAGCCACAUGCGAGAGGGCAAAGAAUUCAACAAGACAUCGGCACAGAACGCCACUCAAAUCGACGUCAACAAGGCCAGCAGACUGUGGGCAGCAUUCGAUGCUGUCGGUUGGUUCGACGAGAAAUGGUUCACCCCACAGCUCUAG